AAGAGCAAACAAACAUUGGUCGGUUUUCCUUCCAUUUCUCACAUCCCGUUUUCCCACGAACUUUCUCCUAGUUUCUUGCCAGAAGUUUUUCGGAAAGUUUGAAGCUUUAGAAGAAGAAUUCAUUUCCCAGAUAAGUAUUUCUCAUCAGAUUCUCUUAUUAUUUCAGAAUAAAUUAAUAAAAAGGAGCUGAGUUAAGGUGGUUUUGUAUCUCUCUGAAUUGGGAUUUGUUGAUUCUUGGAUAAGCGGUAGAAAAUCCUAACUUGGAGGGAAGGGAAUGCUAGUUUUAUUUGUCUUUUGAGCUUCCGGUGUCCUCAUUUCAUUUCUGUAAUUCACAAAAGAAAAAAUAGAAAAGAGAAAGAAAAAAAAACCAUUUGAGCCUGGAGAGAAGGACUCCCAGUUUUAAAGUUUUUUUGUGGCAGUCAAUACACCCAAUUGGAGGUUUUGUGUGGAAUUAGGCUCCGGGUUUUGAUGGGUUCUGUUGUAUAAGACGUUGGGUUUGACAUGCUUAUGUGUUUAUGUAAUCUGUUAUAGAGUUGUAUUUUGAGGAUCUGAUUUUUUGAAGUAAAUCUUGAAGUUCUUUCCACAUUUAUUUUUUCACUUGUUGGAGGUAUUAUGUAGAAUUGGUGGUUGGAUUUUGAUUGGUUAUCUUUUAUAAGAACUUGGUUUCAGUACACGGGUAGUCUUUGAUUUCUGUGUGUUACUUGGAUCGCACUUCUAUUGUUCUGGAGUAAAAUAAUAUAGUUAACAUUUAUAUUUCUUUCCUUUUCUCCUCGGUUGGAGCUUUUGUACUCAAGAUUGUUGGAUUUGCAAUGAGGAAGCAAAGGGGAAAGGAAAAGAAACAGGCAGGAGAAACAUCAUCUGAUACUAAUCCAAAGCAAAGCAAAAUUGGGGAGAAUAGUCCAAAAUGCUAUGAAAAGGAUACAGCAGUAUUCAUUUCUAUGUCUCAAGGAUUGAAGGAGGAGGGAAACAAGUUGUUUCAGAAGAGGGACCACGAAGGAGCUAUGUUGAAAUAUGAGAAAGCCCUUAAAUUGCUUCCUAGAAAUCAUAUAGAUGUGUCCUAUCUUCGGAGCAACAUGGCUGCUUGCUAUAUGCAGAUGGGUCUGAGUGAGUACCCUAGGGCAAUCCAUGAGUGCAAUUUGGCUCUUGAAGUCACACCUACGUACAGUAAAGCACUAUUGAAGAGGGCAAGGUGUUAUGAGGCUUUGAACAAGCUGGAUUUGUCUUUAAGAGAUGUUAGUACUGUAUUGAACAUAGAGCCUAGUAAUCUCAUGGCAUUAGAGAUUGCAGAAAGGGUAAAGCAGGCACUUGAGAAGAAAGGAUUAAAGGUAAACGAUACGGUAAUUGAGUUACCUCCAGAUUAUGUUGAAACCCCAUGUGCUUCACGUCAACUAAAAGUAGUAAAAGUGAAGACACGGAAGAAGAAGAAGAGCAACAAAGUGGAGGAGAAGAAGGCUGAGGAUGUGACCGAGGAGAAGAUGGCCGAGGAGAAGAUGGCAGAGGUUAAGGUGGUUGUGGAGGAGAAAAUUAGUAGCAUUAAGGAAGAAGUGCCUAUGAAAACUGUGAAAUUGGUGUUUGGGGAGGACAUAAGGUGGGCUCAGUUGCCAGAUAAUUGCAGCCUCCUGCAACUUAGGGAGGCUGUCCAUGACCGGUUUCCAAGCUCGAGAGCAGUUCUUAUCAAAUACAGGGACCAGGAAGAUGAUUUGGUUACAAUUACUACUAAUGAAGAACUGAGGUGGGCUGAAGCAUCAACAGAAAUGCAGGGUUCUUUCAGGCUGUACAUAGUAGAAGUUAAUCCUGAGCAGGAUCCAUUUUUUGAGAGACUGAAUAAGGCGGGAGUGAAGAAUCUUAGCAUCAAACAUAGUAAUAUAGUUGAGAAUGGUGAUGUAGUAAAAAGCAAGGAAUUAAAGGUAUCAUCUUGCAUUGAAGACUGGAUAAUCCUAUUUUCUCAGAUGUUCAAGAACCAUGUUGGAUUUGAAUCUGACAAAUACUUGGAUCUUCAUGAAGUUGGAAUGAAGCUCUAUUCUGAGGCUAUGGAAGAGGUAGUUACAAGUGAAGAAGCACAAGACCUUUUCAAUGUAGCAGGAGAGAAGUUCCAAGAGAUGGCAGCUUUAGCAUUGUUCAACUGCGGAAAUGUUCACAUUUCAAGGGCAAAGAAGAGGGUGUAUUUCACGGGAGAUGCUUCAAAGGAAUAUAUACUUGCACAGAUCAAGGUUGCAUAUGAUUGGGCUAGAAAAGAAUACUUAAAAGCAGGAACGAGAUAUGAAGAAGCAUUGAAAAUCAAACCAGAUUUCUAUGAAGGCUUUCUAGCUCUAGCACAUCAGCAGUUUGAGCUGGCAAAACUUUCUUGGCAUUAUGCAAUUAGUUGCAAUGUCGAUUUGGAAACAUGGCCUUCUACAGAAGUUCUACAACUAUAUAACAACGCUGAGGAUAACAUGGAGAAAGGUAUGCGCCUAUGGGAGGAAUUGGAAGAGCAACGCCGGAGUGAACUUUCCAAAACUAAGAAUGAUAGAACACAGUUGCAGAAGAUGGGGUUGGAAGGAUUGUUUAAAGAUAUAUCACCACAUGAAGCUGUGGAGCAAUCUGCAAACGUGAGGUCUCUGAUAAACAUCUUAUGGGGCACCAUCCUUUACGAGCGGUCAAUUGUGGAAUUCAAAUUAGAACUACCGGUAUGGAAUGAGUGUUUGGAAGUUGCUGUUGAGAAGUUUGAACUUGUUGGAGCUUCUCCAACGGAUAUAGCUGUCAUAGUGAAGAACCACUGUUCAAACAAUAAUGCACUGGAAGGUCUUGGGUUCAAAAUCGAUGAAAUAGUACAGGCGUGGAAUGAGAUGUACGAAGCUAAAAAGUGGCAGAGUGAAAUUCCAUCAUUUCGGCUGGAACCAUUUUUUCGACAGCGAGUUUCAAAAAUCUAGCAUGCCUUGGAGCAGGCAUGAGUUUCAUUUGUUCAAUAGGCUCCUUGUUACUUUAAGGUUCAACUUCAACCUUGUCUUUUUUAGAAUCAAAAAAUGGACAGUUGUAGCUAUAGAAGUGUACAACGGGGACAAAAAAACAGCCGAGUUCUAACAUCUUCACACAAUGGGGACAAGAUGGGGGAUGCAGGGAUUUGCAUUUUAGUUAGUUUCUGUCUUCACCUCAUGACCCCCUGUUCUUUUAUAGUUUCGGACACUUAGUAAAUUGUUUGUAUUUGUAAUUUAAGCUGCUGCAAUACAUCUAAUUCGUUAGCCACAUGAGUUUUUUUUUUUGC